AUCACACCAGCGGUAAACCGCACACUCGCACUCGCACUCGCGCAGCAGAAGCCAAGAGCAUUUUCCCGCCAAAAAGGAUACAAUAGCUAUGAACCCUUUUCUUUUCCUCAAACAUUUCCAUUUUUCGGGGGUUUUAUUUAUUUCCAACAACUCCCAAAAUUUAUAAUUCUAGGGUUCGUUCGUAAUCGCGAAAUUCAGUUCCUAGUGUAGCAAUUCACUGUAAAAAUGGCAGAUUCUGCCAAUCUAAGCUCUCAACCUCACCGCUUAAUUUCCGCUGGCACAAUUCGUCGAAUAAAGCUUGAGAAUUUUAUGUGUCACAGUAAUUUGGAGAUCGAAUUUGGUGAUUAUGUCAAUUUUAUCACCGGUCAAAAUGGAAGCGGGAAAAGUGCUAUUUUGACUGCGUUAUGUGUUGCAUUUGGGUCUCGAGCUAAGGCUACAAAUCGAGCUGCAACUUUAAAAGAUUUUAUCAAAACUGGUUGCAGCUAUGCUUCUGUGCAGGUGGUACUUAAGAAUGAAGGAGAUGAUGCUUUUAAACAGGAAUUUUAUGGUGAAAGCAUAAUUAUUGAGCGCAGAAUAACUGAAACCUCAAGCUCACUUGUCCUCAAGGAUCAGCAAGGUAGAAGGAUUUCCAACAAGAAAGAAGAGCUUCGAGAACUUGUUGAGCAUUUUAAUAUUGAUGUUGAAAAUCCAUGUGUAAUUAUGAGUCAAGACAAAAGCAGAGAAUUUCUUCAGUCCGGAAAUGCUAAAGACAAGUUUAAGUUCUUUUUCAAGGCAACUCUUCUUCAGCAAGUUGAUGAACUAUUACGUGGAAUUGAACAAGCCCUGGAGACUGCCAAUGAGUUAAUUGGAGAAUUGGAGAAAUCAAUUGAGCCUGUUGUCAGGGAACUCAAUGAAUUGCAAGAGAAGAUUAGAAACACGGAGCAUGUUGAAGAAUUAUCAGAGAGAGUAAAAGAGAUGAGGUUUAAGCUUGCUUGGUCUUGGGUCUAUGAUGUAGAUAGGGAACUACUGCAGCAACUUAAAGUGGUUGAAAAACGGAAAGCGAGACUUCCAGUCUGUCAAGCAGAAAUAGAUCAGAGACGUGAGAAGAUUGAAGGCUUGAGAAAUAGUUAUGCUGAUAUGAAAAGUCGUUAUGAGCUCAUGACACGGGAAACGUCAGAAGCUAAUAAAUUGAUGGAUGAGUUGCAGGAAAAUCUUGUCAUGGCAAACAAGUAUAUGAUGGAAUUAGAGCAAGAAUAUCAACGGAGAAUGAACGAUGUCCAGAAGAUGAUGAAGCAUCUGACGUCCCUUGAGCGGCAGGUUCAUGAUAUUGAGGAGCAAAAUUUGCGGAACACUCAGGUUGAAGAGUCUGAGAUGCAGGAGAAACUGAAAGCACUUCAAGAUGAAGUAGAUGCUGCUUUUGCAUUAUUGACAAGGUUGAAGGAAGACGAGACUGCCUUGUCAGAAAGCAUAGGGGAAAAAAGUGAUGCAAUGAGAAAGAUAGUGGAUCAAGUUGAAGGUCAUGAAAAAAGGCUGCAUGAUACUAAAUCCCAUGUCUCUGAGCUUCGGCGAAAUCAAACUAACAAGGUCACUGCUUUUGGUGGAGACAAAGUCAUUCACCUUCUGCGCAUAAUAGAGUCUCGUCAUCGUGAAUUUCAACAUCCACCCAUUGGUCCAAUUGGUGCUCAUGUGACCUUGACUCAAGGCAAUGCAUGGGCUUGUGCUGUUGAAAAUGCUAUUGGAAAGGUAUUAAAUGCUUUCAUAGUGACAAACGUCAAAGAUUCACAUCUACUGAGGACUUGUGCUCGUCAGGCACGUUAUGAUCACCUUCAGAUCAUCAUAUACAAUUUUUCAAUUCCCAGGUACAACAUUCCACAUAAUCAACUUCCUCAAACAAGUCACCCUACUACCCUUUCUGUUGUACACUCAGACAGUGCUACAGUUAUAAAUGUGUUGGUGGAUAAGGGUGGUGCAGAGAGGCAAGUUCUUGUUAAAGAUUAUGAGACAGGGAAAACUGUUGCUUUUGAGAAAAGGGUUUCCAACUUGAAGGAGGUGUACACUGCUGAAGGCUAUAAAAUGUUUUCUCGUGGGUCAGUCCAAACUAUUCUCCCUCCAAAUAAAAAAGCUAGAACUGGAAGGCUUUGUAGUUCAUAUGAUGAUCAAAUUAAGGACCUUGAAAGAGAUGUGUUGCUCAUGCAAGAAGAAUCUCAGAAAGCCCGCCAUAUGAAAAGAGUUGCGGAGCAAGAAGUACAUGAUCUUCAAGAGCAGUUACAAGACGCCAAGAAGAGACGUCUAUCUACAGAGCGGCAGUUGGCAAAGAAGCAGUUUGCUGUUGAUGCUUUGAAGCGUACUUAUGCAGCCGAAGCUGGUGGGCUUAAUACUUCUUCUGUGGAUGAGCUUUGUGAAGAUAUAUCGAGAGCCCAAGCUGAAAUACGAGAAAAGGAAACCAUAAUUGGCAAACUCAAAGUGCAGAUGAACGAUGCUAGAGACAAAGUUAAAGAACUCAAAGCAUCUUUAGGGAAUUUGCAUGAAUCUGCGAACAAGGACCUCAAUGCUUUCAAUAAAGUUGAGGAUGAAUUCGGUGCUAUUUGCAAGGAGCUGGACAAACUAGAGAUGGGAAAAACGCAUUAUGAAAACCUUCUGAAGGAGAAUUUUUUACCUGCUAUCAAAGAAGCAGAAGCAAAAUAUCAGCAGCUUGAACAAAAACGCAAGGAUAGUUUUGAGAAAGCAUCCUACAUAUGUCCUGAAAAUGAAAUUGAAGCUAUGGAAGGCUGGAAGGAUAGCACUCCGGAUCAGCUCAGUGCUCAGCUGACCCGGAUGAUUCAAAAACUCGAGCGUGCAAGGGAUAAAUAUACGGAAUCCAUUGAUGACCUCCGAAUGUUAUAUGAGAAGAAGCAGCGUAAAAUUCUGAAGAAGCAAAAGACUUAUGAAAGUUUUCGAGAGCAGUUACAGGAUGCCCAAAGAGCUAUAACAUCACGAAGAAAAAAGUUUGAGAGGAAUGCUAGUCUUAUGAAGCGUCAGUUGACAUGGAAAUUUAAUGGAAAUUUGGGAAGGAAAGGGAUUAGUGGUCAUAUAGACGUGAAUUAUAACGACAAGACUCUCUCCAUCGAGGUUAAGAUGCCACAAGAUGCAUCUACUGCUGCCGUUCGGGAUACUAGAGGACUUUCAGGCGGGGAACGUUCUUUCUCAACAUUGUGCUUCGCGUUAGCUCUGCAUGAGAUGACAGAAGCCCCUUUCCGUGCAAUGGAUGAAUUUGAUGUGUUUAUGGAUGCCGUCAGCCGAAAAAUUAGCUUGGAUACCUUGGUUGAUUUUGCUUUAUCACACGGAUCACAAUGGAUAUUUAUAACCCCGCAUGAUAUCAGUAUGGUAAAACAAAACGAGAGAGUUAGAAAACAACAGAUGGCAGCUCCUCGUUCUUAAUCUCAGCUACCAUGCACACUGCAGAUUUGUACAUUAUAUAACUCCUAAUUUAGCUUAUCCAAGUGUUUCCUCUCGAUCAUUUUGUAUUGUGUUCAGGCCUUUAUUCUCAAAUCUAUCAUUGUAAGUAGAAUGAUUUGAGAUUCAUCUAGGAUCCUUUUUUACCUUGCUAUCCUAAUUCUUCACUCCUGGGAACACCCAACAUGGUUUUGAUUACCAAACUUCUGUAAAUAUUUCUGAUUUAUUCAUCAUUUUUUUGUGUGACAAAACUUGA